AUGGGUGGUAGGGGACUGUAUAUUAGAGAUUGGGAACCUAACUUCAAUCCCUUGCUGGCACCAAUUGAAGAGGUGCCCAUCUGGUUACAUUUAUAUAAUCUCCCCAAAGAGUAUUGGAACGAGGAGUCCUUCCAAGCAAUAGGUAAUAAACUAGGUUUCUAUAUCAAAGCUAACGAGACUAUAGAGUCAAAAGAUUUCAGUAUGUAUGCACGAAUCUGCAUCAGUUGGAAACCCCAUUUUCCACUUCCAGCACACAUUGAGAUCAUUACCAAUGCAGGGCAGUGGCUACAUAAGAUUGAGGUCGAAGAAACAAGUGAAAGAUGCAAAUACUGCAAAAAAGAUGGACAUACGGAGAAUACAUGUCCGAUUGGCCCAAAAGGGAAAAAUGUGGAGACAACGAUGAAAGAAGAGGUAAAAAAAUUUGUGAGAAAAGAAAAUGAAAUGGGUGGGAAGGAAACAGAAAAUGGCACGCCACAAUCUCCACAACAGCCUUUCCUUCAAGGGGAGGUUUCGGCAGCCACUAUCAAUAGGACCUCAGUGGAGGAUGAGAUAGUAAUGGAUGUUUCUCUCAUAAAUAAACAUCUGGAGGCUGCAGGUUGGGUAGAAGAAGCUAUAGUUAGAGUGGAGAAAGAAGUAGAGGUCCUGGACAAAGCAAAAUCCAGAGCUUCACUUCCUGUGGGAAUGGGACAAACUUCGAAGCUUGCCAAGAAGAGUAAGAAUUUCAGGAUAAUGACCCUGAAAAGGAUGGAGCUAAUGAAAGUAGAGAGACUGAGGGAGAUGAAGAUGAUGAUGAAUGGGGAUGGAUGGACGAGGAAGAUAUCCUGGAGACAAGGACAGUAG